UCAUUGCUUAUCAGUCAAGUUCAAUACGGCGUUGUGCGAAUACCUACAUUUUUUCUCUGGAUUGGAAUAAUGCAAAUGUCUUCAUUGGUUUUUGGUAAAAUACUACUGCUCCUUGUCUUAAUUGCAAAGACGUGCUGUUCAUAUGAAAUCCCCAAUGUCAAGUUAGAGCAGCUAAAUAAUGGAUUCUCCUUAAGUUUGGACGAUGAAUCUGGUAUACGCAAAGUGAUCUAUUACAUCAAAAUCAAUGAUAUUUGUCCCGGUUACAUGGAUAUGGUUUUGGAACCAAAUCCAAACUGGAAAAUCACCCAACCGAUGAAAGCAUUAAAAGAAAAAGACAAAAUAAACGUCUCAAUAUUAGUGGAUUACAAUGGGGAAGCUUAUAAAGAUAAUCAAUACCUUGUUGUUGGAGAAAAUGAUAAUGUAGCAAUGAAAAUAUCAAAAACAAUUUCCUCGAAACUCUGUGGGAGUGAGGAAAAACCACAACCUCCAAUAAAUACGUGUGAACCUUCACAAACUGUUGUCAAAGAUUUAACAAAUAUUUGCAAAAAUCAACUAAUUUUUGAAGAGAACUUCAAUGACACAGAGUUGGAUCUCUCGAAAUGGUCUUUUGAUGUUCGUAAUCUAUUGACCGGUCGUAUAAACGAAGAAUUUGUUUUGUUCGACACUAGGCAAGAGAAUGUAUUCAUCAAUGAUGGCAUCUUAAAUAUAAAACCCACAUUUACCCAAGCCAAUGCAAGAAUGGCAGCUAUUGAUUUUGGUACACGUUGUACCCCGGUGGAGAAUAUAAUGAAAGAAUGCAAAUCAAUGACACAAUUUCCCUUCACUUAUGUUCCACCCAUAAAUUCUUCGAACAUCAAUACGAAAAAUACAUUUCAAUUCAAAUACGGUAGAGUUGAGAUUAAAGCAAAAUUACCCAAAGGCAGUUGGUUAUUGCCUUAUAUAACAUUGGAAAAUUAUGGAAGUUUUAAUAAAAAACAAAUGCGCAUUGCAUUUGCUCGAGGCAAUGAACAACUUUUAACCGACAAUCCGAUGAAAGAUAUUGGAGGACGUCGCCUAUAUGGUGGUCUUGUCAAAAAUAUUGAACAACAUGAUACGGAUUUUAAAGAACUCUAUGCCAGUGAACAUUUUGGAAAUAAUUUUCACAUUUAUACACUGGUAUGGAGCAAUAACUCUAUAUCUGUGUCUGUUGAUGGCCGAACAUAUGGUGAAUUUCACAGCAAUCUUGAUGGUUUUAAUGAACAGUUCUUCAUAUCCUUGGGUGUCUCUGCAGGAGGUCAUCUUGAAUUUCCCGACACUUUAGCGGAUCCGGAAGUCAAGCCAUGGAAAAAUACAUCACCCAAAGCUAUAAGCAUCUUUUGGCAAAAUAUUAAAGAUGGGAAAUUUAAUUGGACCGAAGACAGCCAGACAAUGCGUAUAGAUUACAUUAAGGUCUACGCAGUCUGAAAUUAUCAAAAGUAAAUGUGGCAACUGUUAUGCAACUUAAUGUUAAGCAAUAUUGUGAUAUUACUAUAACAAUAUAUAUCAAAUAUUAUAAUAGAAAAAUGUUCCAUUAAUAUACAUAUUAUGCGAUAUAAGGCCUGCACAUAAAAAAAAUUCUCUUAAAAAACGCAAUAAAUUAAAAAUUAAUAAUAUAAACUAA